CGUGGGUUGUUUGUCUUUGCUUUCCUUCUCCACUAUAAAUAUCCUCCUCCCACCUUAUCUCAUUGCUUCCCAUUUCUCAUUUAUCUCCUCUCCAUUUCUCCUGGUUACUCCAAGCUCUCUAAAAUGGCGUCUUCAGUCUCCGCAAUUUCUCUCUCUAAGACCCUAAUUUCCCCUUCGUACCUAUCUACAGCAGCAAAUCCUAGGUCUUCCUCCCCUUCAACUUUAGUCCCAGUUUCUCGCUUUCUCCGUCCUUCGUCCUUCGGAUUGAAGCUGCUGCCUCUGGCCUCCUUUCAGACCAAGACGGUUAAUGGUCUUAUGGUUAGAGCCACUGUUGAUGGCGAUUAUUCUUCGAAAAGGAGUAGUAGCAAUGAGCCAAGAGAGACCAUUCUUCUUCCUGGUUGUGAUUAUAACCACUGGCUUAUAGUCAUGGAGUUCCCUAAAGACCCGAAGCCUACCAGAGAGGAGAUGAUCGAGACCUAUCUCAACACUCUUGCCACCGUUCUUGGAAGUAUGGAGGAAGCCAAGAAGAACAUGUAUGCUUUUAGUACCACCACUUAUACUGGCUUUCAGUGUACUGUCUCAGAAGAAACAUCAGAGAAGUUUAAGGGAUUGCCUGGAGUUCUCUGGGUUUUACCAGACUCAUACAUUGACGUGAAAAACAAGGAUUAUGGAGGCGACAAGUACAUAAAUGGUGAGAUAAUUCCCUGCACAUAUCCUACUUAUCAACCCAAGCAACGCAGCAAUUCAAAAUAUGAAAGUCGAAGGUAUGAAAGGCGAAGAGACGCUCCCCCUCCAGAGCGAAGAAAACCUAGACAGACUGUGCCUCAGUCUGAUUCAUCUUCAGAAUGAGGUAACUGAGGCUUUCAAGUACUCUUUGUGAAACUUGGUGCCCUUCCCUUGAACUUCUCUGAGGUCUGAUUCCUCUUUAUUAAAUGAUACACUUGCAGGGUACUAGUAUAUUUCUGCAAUAUAACUAGGAUCUUAUAUCAAUGGUUUGGUUGCAAAUAUUGGAGGCUGAAAUAACUCUUCAAUCUCUUUAGUGGAAAUCAAUUGUUUUAUGGGUUGAUGGGGGACAUUCGGUGGCUUGAGUAAGUUGCAGUAACUCAUGCCACUAUGUGGGGGUUGCUUCAAUCUAUGUUGUUAGGUUGAUUUGGAGUUCCUGCUGGUCCAUGUUCAUAUUUAGUCUGAUUUAGCUUGUGGUGUAGUUAUGGUUCAGAGAAAACAGUAACUAUGAGUUUGUUUUAUAAGGGUCCUUUUUUUUUGCCUGAGGACAUAUAGCUAAGUUGUAUGGUCUACCGUUAUUUGCUUAUGUAUUUUUCUCUUGUGACAAUAUGUGACUUCUUGAAUCUAGACUGUCUUCCUUUACUUU